AUGGCCGCCACGGCUGCCGGGCGUCACUUCCGGCUCCGCGCCCGCCGCGCGCCGCCGCUUCCGCCCGUUGCCAUGGAGACGGCGCGGCCACUUCCGAGUGCAGUUGUAUUUCCCAAGAAAAUCGCCACGGAGCAGCAAUCCCUGAUGCUGGUGAAGAGGCUCCUGGCAGUGGCAGUGUCCUGCAUCACAUACCUGAGGGGGAUCUUCCCUGAAAGUGCCUAUGGGACCAGAUACAUGGAUGAUGUUUGUGUCAAAAUUCUGCGAGAAGACAAAAACUCUCCAGGCUCUACCCAGCUGGUGAAAUGGAUGUUAGGAUGCUAUGAUGCCUUGCAGAAGAAAUACCUGAGACAGAUUGUCCUAGCAGUUUAUACCCAGACAGAAGAUCCUCAGGCAGUCACAGAGUGUUACCACUUCAAGUUCAAGUACACCCACAAUGGGCCACUCCUGGAUUUUGGCAGCAAGGACAAGAAGUCCGAGUGCCCCAUCAGCUGUGCCGACACCAAGAAGGCCAGCAUCCUCCUGAUCCGCAAGAUCUACAUCCUGAUGCAGAACCUGAGCCCCCUGCCCAGCGACGUCUGCCUCACCAUGAAACUGCUCUACUACGAUGAGGUUACCCCCCCUGAUUACCAACCCCCAGGGUUCAAGGAGGCCAAGGACGAGGGGCUGCUGUUUAAGGAGGAGCCCAUGUACCUCAACGUGGGGGAGGUGCCAACGCCUUUUCACCUGCUCAAACUGAAAAUCACAACUGAGAAACAGCGCAUGGAGAAUGUUGAUAAGAGCAUCCUAAAGCAGGGAGAGACUGCUGAGCCUCUCCAGGUGUGUGGGCUGGGCAGAGCAGACCCACAGGAGGAGAGCCAGCUCAUGAAUGAGGAUCCUGUCUUGGAUAAUCAAGUGGAAGAUGAGAAUCAUGGGAAUAUUUCAGAAGCUCGAGAAAAGGAUUCAGCUCAUGAAGAGGAAGCUGGAGGGAUCCAGACUCCCUCCCAUGUUUCUAAUCCUCAGGUUGAUCAUUUGACCCGUAAAACAUCUGAGCUGAUUGUGUCAGAGAGCAGGACAAGAAGUGGAAAGAUAUUCCAAAGCUGCAUUGUGCACCAGGCUGAGCCCCCCUCCAGCCAGGAGGUGCUGCCCAAAAGGAGGAAGCUCAGCGAGCCCAAGGAGCAGAUUUAGUUGCCCAAAGGAGGAAGUUCAACAAUUCCAAGGAGCAG